UCCCUCUGGCUCUCUCUCCCUCCCAGCGCUCAGUUCAUUGACCUUCUGUUUUCUGAACGAUCCUCUAACGUGAAAGAGCUCAGCGCUGACAAGCGAAUAUGUCUUGGGUCUUCUGGAACUUUCUGUGCUUGUUUCUAAUACACUGUGUUUGCUCAGAAGUCUUCCUCCACACUCGAGAUGCCAGUCAGAUCCUGAGCCGCCGCCGCCGCGCAAACCACAUGUUCGAGGAGAUGAAGAAGGGAAACAUGGAGCGCGAGUGUGUUGAGGAGCGCUGCAGUUACGAGGAGGCCAGAGAAAUCUUCGAGGAUGUUACAAAGACGGAUGAGUUCUGGCACAAGUAUGUCGAUGGAGACGCGUGUUUGUCUCAUCCAUGUCUCAAUGGUGGCAAGUGUAAAGAUGCGAUCGGGCCGUACACGUGUUACUGUCAACAAGGGUUUAAGGGCUACAACUGUGAGAUUGUUAUUCCUGAGCUCUGUGAGAGUGAAAACGGAGGCUGUGACCAUUUCUGCAGGGUGAAGGAGAAAGAUGUCGUCUGUUCGUGUGCCAAAGGCUACGAGCUGGCCGAAAAUGGGAAGUCGUGUCACUCUAAUGAACUUUUCAAAUGUGGCUUCAUUCAUCCUUCGAUGACCAGAAGCAUCUUCAUUCACACGCAAAACAUCACCGACACCAAGAAUAAAGAGGAGACGCACGUUGAGACCACCGUCGAGUCUGUCAUAGACACCACAAACCCGCCAGCCAAUGAGACGAGCAGCAUGUUCGGCCUCCAUGAGCAGGACAUCGCUAUUCCAGAUGACAGGGUUUUAUCUGAAACAUUUAGAGUAGAGCCAAGAAUCGUCAAUGGUACGAAAUGUCCUCCUGGAGAUUGUCCAUGGCAGGCUCUUCUCAUUAACGAAGACAACAUCGGCUACUGUGGCGGCACCAUCCUGAACCAGUACUUCAUCCUGUCGGCCGCUCACUGUAUGAAUCAGUCGCUCUCCACCAGGGUGGUCUUAGGUGAGUUUGACACGCUGGUCAUCGAGGGUCGUGAGGUCACCCACGACGUAGACGAGAUUCUGAUUCACAAGAACUACAUGGCGGACACCUACCACAACGAUAUCGCCCUCAUUAAGCUCAGCAAGCCCAUCAGAUUCACCAAAUUCAUUCUCCCCGCCUGCCUGCCGGAGUCCAACUUCGCCGAGCGUGUGCUGAUGCGUCAGGCGGAAGGUAUAGUGAGCGGAUUCGGCCGUGUGCGAGAAGGCGGCCUUCAGUCCACCACCCUCCAGAAGCUAGCGGUGCCGUACAUCGACCGUGGCAAGUGCAUCGAGUCCAGCAAGUUCAAAAUCUCUAAUCGCAUGUUCUGCGCCGGAUACGACCAGGAGGAAAAAGACGCGUGUCAGGGCGACAGUGGCGGGCCGCAUGUGACGCGCUACAAAAACACAUGGUUUGUCACGGGCGUGGUGAGCUGGGGCGAGGGAUGCGCCCGGAAGGGCAAGUACGGCGUCUACACGCAGGUUUCCAAGUACAUCCAGUGGAUCCAGAAUGCCAUGGCCAAAGUCAUGCCAGAGAUGGCAGAGAUGUCUAUAAAACCCAAAGCAAAGCGAGAGCUGCUUCAGAAGAUGCCUGUACGAAGAGUCUGACAGGAAGUCAACGUGAAUCAACAACGACACGGUCUUAAUUCAUGUUGAUGAUUUAUCAGUGAUGUUAUCCCAGCAAUCAAAAAUAUAUUCUAAGAACCCACAAAUUUAUAAAAAUGUUAUUUCUGAAUGUUCCCCGAAUGUCCAGAUUUUUGGCUAUGCAAAUGUUGAGGGAACAUUUCUGGAAACAUUAUGGGAACGUUACUUUUGAAUGUUCUCUGAACGUUCCAGAAUAAUUAGUUACAUUUAAAAAAUGUUCCAUGAACGAUGUAAAAAUAAUGUUUUUGUUUUGAGAACAUUAUUAAAGACCACAUAACUCUGAACAAAUGUUUGUUCAUGACUUUGAGAAAACCUUGCCAGAACGUUCUGAGAUUGUUCCCCAUUUUUUGUCUUCAUAAUCUUUCAUAUUCAAGUAACUUCAUCCACUUAUGAACAUAUUCAAUAAAAUCAUCAUUGAUGAAAUUAGUUAAAAAUAACUAUAAAAAAUACUAGUUAUUUCUGUGUAAAUCUUGUUCAGCUCUGAAAUAAGACACAUUAUGGAGGUAAAACGGUUUGUCAAUGCUGUCGACUCUCAUCCUAAUGAGGUUUACGGUUUUAAUAAAGACAACUGAUUUUA